CUCUCCCUUAAGGCGGACGCCACGUCGAUGCGACGUCGUAAACUUCCACAGCUCCCAGUGUAUACGCACAUGCUUCUUUGUGUUUCACAGGUUUCCAAACUCUCCGGCUUGCUGCGGUUCGUCUCUGGGUUUUGCACAGUCGCUCAAGAUCCAACACCUCCGACCAAAGUUCAAUCAUGAUUGAUGAUCAAGACCUCGGUUUCUUUGCCAAUUUUCUUGGCAUCUUUAUAUUUGUACUUUUGAUUGCCUAUCAUUACGUGAUGGCUGACCCCAAGUAUGAGGGCAACUAAGUGUUCAUUGUGCUAUCUAUUUACAGCAUGACUUUCAUUUAAAUAUAGUUGUUUGGGCAGAGUAUUGUCUCUUAAUUUUGUAUUCUGAUGUAGUGAAAUCCUUGUCUUUGAAAUCGUAAAUGGGAUGCUUUUGAUUCAUACAUAAGUUCUGCAAACAGGAAGUUUUGGAUAA